AUGCCUCCCAACCCACAUUUUUGUAGCCCACGCUCCAAUAUUAUGAAUUACGACAUGCAAGAUCCUGUUUGUUGUUCUCCACGAGCAAAUAUCAGCCUCAGGAGAGUGGCGACUGUUGACCCUUAUGAGCUCUGUCUAGACUGUCCGAGAACUGUGCAGAUUAUUGCGAAAGCAACCAUAAAUCUUGACAUCAGUGACAAACAUCAACGGCUAGAUUUUGCAACAAAGCCGGGCCCACCAGAAAUAGACUAA